CGACUCCCAGCAGCAGUGUUUACUGUCAGCAUUCCAGCGGCGAGGCUUUUCUUUUUGAUAAGUUCUGAACACAGACUGAAACCGAAGAGCUUACAGUAGCAUCCACCUGGACGGACUCUCUGGUUUUCGACCCUUUGCAGGAUAUUGGAUCAGGUCUUGAAACAUGAGCUCUGUGGCAGUGUUGACUCCGGAAAGUUUUGCGGAGCACCGCAGUGGGUUGAAGGACCUUGAGAUCACUGGUAAUGUGCCAGAGGAUGAAGCAUAUAUACCCACCUAUCUGGAGGCCUUUCCCCCUUUACCUGACAAGGGUGCACCAGGGGAAAAGACUGGUGAACCGGCAGGUGCCUGGAGGAAAAUCCAACCCAUCAAAGCCUCGGUCAUCACUCAGGUAUUCCAUGUCCCACUUGAGGAGCGGCGUUAUAAAGACAACAGUCAGUUUGGUGAGGGUGAAGAGGCGAAGGUGUGCCUGGACAUCAUGCAGAAGACUGGGGCACACAUUGAGCUCUCUCUGGCCAAAGACCAAGGCCUCUCCAUCAUGGUGACUGGAAAAUUAGACUCGGUCAUGAAAGCCAGGAAGGAGAUUGUGGCGCGACUGCAAACUCAGGCCUCGGCGACUGUGCUUAUUCCAAAAGAACAUCAUCGGUUUGUGAUUGGAAAGAAUGGUGAGAAGUUACAAGAGCUGGAGUUGAAAACAGCCACCAAGAUCACCAUCCCCCGCUCUGACGAUCCCAAUGCCAACAUUCGCAUCACUGGCACCAAGGAGGGCAUUGAGAAAGCUCGGCAUGAAAUCCUGGUCAUCUCCGCAGAGCAGGAUAAGCGUGCAGUGGAACGUUUUUCUCUUGAGAAAGCUUUUCAUCCAUUCAUCGCUGGUGCAUAUAACCAACUCAUUCAAGAGCUAAGUCAAGAGACUGGAGCUCGUAUCAGCAUUCCACCACCUAGUCUGCCCAAGGAUGAGAUUGUCAUUACCGGCGAGAAGGAAUCAGUUGCCAUGGCGAUUGCCCGCAUCCGGGCCAUCUAUGAAGAGAAGAAGCGGAAAACCACCACAAUCUCGGUCGAGGUAAAGAAGUCACAACACAAGUACAUAGUUGGCCCGAAAGGCAACACCCUGCAGGAGAUCCUGGAGAACACAGGGGUGUCUGUAGAGAUGCCUCCUCUGGACUCUGCCUCCGAAACCAUAAUUCUCAGAGGGGAGCCGGAUAAACUGGGCCCGGCCCUCACGCAGGUGUACGCCAAGGCUAAAAGUGUGAUAGUGGUCGAGGUGAUUGCUCCAGCUUGGCUCCAUCGAUUCAUCAUUGGCAAGAAAGGACAGAACAUCAGCCGCAUUACACAGCAUCUGCCUAAGGUGCAUGUAGAGUUUACCGAUGGAGAGGAACGCAUCUGUCUGGAGGGACCUACGGAGGAGGUAGAACAAGCUCAGGCUCAGAUACAGGAGAUCAUCAAAGACCUGAUGGCAAGAAUAGACUAUGCAGAGAUUAACAUUGACCAGCGUUUUUACAGACAUCUCAUUGGCAAAAAUGGGACCAACAUAAAUCGAAUAAAGGAGCAGUAUAAGGUAUCAGUGAGGAUUCCUCCGGACUCUGAGCACUGUGGGAUGGUUCGUAUCGAGGGUGAUCGUGAGGGAGUACAGCUCGCUCGCAAGGAACUGAUGGACAUGGCACAGCGUAUGGAAAACGAACGCACGAAAGACCUGAUCAUAGAACAGAAGUUCCACCGUGCCAUCAUUGGGCAAAAAGGAGAGAAGAUCAAGGAGGUUAGGGACAGUUUCCCUGAGGUCAUUAUCAUCUUUCCAGACCAGCAACAGAAAAGCGACAUAGUGCAGCUCCGGGGGCCCAAAAACGAGGUCGAAAAAUGUACAAAGUUUCUGCAGAAACUCAUUGCUGAGCUGGUUGAGAGCAGCUUCUCAAUAUCCGUACCCAUCCACAAGCAGUUCCACAAAAACAUUAUUGGCAAAGGAGGUGCUAACAUCAAAAAGAUUCGUGAGGAGACCAACACAAAGAUUGAUCUCCCAACUGAGAACAGCAACUCCGAGAUGAUUGUGAUCACUGGCAAGAAGAGCAACUGUGACUCUGCACGAGACCGAAUCCUUGCUAUCCAGAAAGAACAGGCCAACCUGAAGGAGGCUGAGGUUUCCAUCCCAGCCAAGUUGCAUAACUCUCUGAUUGGCUCCAAGGGCAGUCUGGUGCGCUCCGUGAUGGAGGAGUGUGGGGGUGUUCAUAUCCACUUCCCUGCAGAGGGAUCAGGACUGGAUAAAGUCACUAUCCGAGGCCCUGCAGAAGAGGUGGAGAGAGCUAGGAGACAACUGCUGCAGCUGGCAGAGGAGAAGCAAGUCAGCAACUUCUCAGUGGAAAUUCCUGCCAAGGCUGAGUACCACAAGUUCCUGAUAGGCCGAGGGGGAGCUAAUAUUCGUCGUUUGCGAGAUCGAACCGGAGCACGGAUCAUAUUCCCUUCGACUGAUGAGACAGAACAGGAGCACAUUACCAUUCUGGGUAAAGAGGAGGCUGUACGGCUUGCCCAGAGAGAACUGGAGACCCUCAUAAAAAAUCUGGAUGAUGUGAUCGAGGACAGUAUGGUCGUGGACCCUCGGCAUCACCGUCACUUUGUCUGUCGGAGAGGGCAGGUGCUGAGAGAACUGGCGGAGGAGUAUGGCGGUGUGGCCGUUAGCUUCCCUCGCGCAUGCACACACAGUGACAGCAUCACUCUCAAAGGGCCCAGAGAGUGUGUGGAUGCUGCUAAGAAAUGCAUUCAGGAGAUCGUUCAUGAACUGGAGUCACAGGUGAGUGUGGAGGUGGUGAUUCCCCAGCGGUACCACAGAGCUGUCAUGGGACCCAAAGGCUGCAGGAUACAACAGAUUGCACGGGAGCAUGAAGUCCAGAUCAAAUUUCCUGACAGAGAUGAAUCUGCAGCUCAGGAAUCAGCAUAUCAAGAGAACGGCGAUACAGACCUCAUCCCUCGGAAGUGCGAUAUCAUCACUGUGACGGGGCGGGCUGAAAAGUGCGAGCUGGCACGGGCAACUUUGCUUGCAUUGGUUCCUGUGAUGAUUGAUGUUGAAGUUUCCUAUGACCUUCACCGUUACAUCAUAGGACAGAAAGGAAGUGGAAUAAGGAAAAUGAUGGAGGAUUAUGAGGUGAAUAUUUGGGUUCCUCAGCCUGAGCAACAGUCAGAUAUCAUAAAAAUCACCGGCCAGGUGUCCAGUGUGGAGCGGGCCAGACUGGGGCUGCUGGAGAGAGUCAAGGAGCUGCAGGCAGAGCUGGAGGAUCGAGCAUUACGGAGCUUUAAGGUGACCCUCUUGGUAGACCCCAAAUACCACCCCAAAAUUAUAGGCCGGAAAGGAGCUGUCAUCUCCCAAAUACGCAAAGACUACGAUGUCAAUGUACAGUUUCCAGACAAGAGUGAUGAGCAGCAGGAUGUAAUAGUGAUCUUGGGUUAUGAGAAGAAUGCUAACGAGGCCAGGGCAGCUAUAGAACAGCAGGUUGCGGCGCUGCAGGAAAUGGUGUGUGAGGAUAUCCGGCUGGACCGGCGGGUCCACGCUCGCAUCAUCGGAGCUCGUGGCAAAGCCAUCCGGAAACUUAUGGAGGAGUUUAAAGUUGAUAUACGGUUUCCUCCUCCAGGUUCUGAGGACCCAAACAAGGUCACUGUCACAGGACUGCCAGAGAAUGUUGAUGAUGCCAUUGACCAUCUGCUCAACCUGGAAGAAGAAUAUAUGUUGACUGUGACUGAGACAGAGACUAUGGCAGCCUAUAUGAAGCCCCCUUCUAAGGCAAUAGGGGCUGGAGGAAAUGAUGAGGACAGCAAAGCCCUGGCUAAAGGCUUUGUUGUGCGGGAUGCCCCUUGGAAUGCUCAGGGGAACAAGGCACCAGACGUGAGCAGUUCUGAAGAGUUCCCUAUGUUUGGAUCUGGAAUAGCACCAAAACAGGCAUCUGCUUGGGGACCCAAAAAGUGCUAAAUGAUUGAAAUCGUUCUGACUUGAUCUUUCUCCAGAAUUCACCAGCUCUCUUAAUGGCUCCUGUGAAGAAGAACAUUCCUGAUGGUUUUGCUCAUCUUUCUCCUCUGUUUCCUGGUACGUUUAGUGUCCUUUGAGGAAUUAACUCUGUCAACCUGUUGUGCCAGUCUCAUUUAAAGAAAAUCACUGAAACGGAUCCUCAAGUAGCAUUAGCGCCAUUAUCCACCUGGUGUUUUGUGACUCGUCAGGCUCAAGGCGAGGGAGACAACCAAUGGCAAGGCACUAAAUAAUGAGUCAGACAUUUCUUGGACUACUUGCAGCUCGAGAAGCCCUAGUUCACUGUGUACAAGUUCUUUUUUUAAGUCCUUGAUGGUUGUAACUGGUUUUUAUGUGUGUGUGAUCCAUUUGAAUGCACUCGGUCUGCAGCCGCAGAGUUGGGUGCUUGAGUUUUCACUAUGUACUGUAAAAGAAAUGGUUUUAUGUGCAUUCAGCCGCAGAUAAAGAAGCACUUUUUGAACACUCAACUAGAGAUUUCCUGUGGAGUCCUCCAAUACUGAAGGCUGAUCAAUACUGAUCUUGUUUUAUAUAUUUUUUCUGCAUAUAUUAGUGUAUUUAUAUUUCUGUGUUAUUUAUUUAUUUUGCUCAGUGACUGAAUAUUCAAACUACAGUAAGGUUUUGAAUGGAUGAGCCAUAGUGUCAUCUAAAGCAUAGAAAUGCUUUAGAUACUAUUUUUACAGUAUGAUUUGUUUCUUUUGCUUCAGGAAGUUGUUUUGUUUGUGUGGUCUAGUCACAGCUCAUUUUGAAGUUCUGUCAGGGAUGCAAACUACUCACCUUUCUCCUUUUCUGAAGCUAAUUUUCUCAAAUUGUUGGUAACAUUUUCUAAAAAAUAAAAAACCUUUUUCA